GUUUGUAACGUUUUUCUGAACGUAAAUCAAUUUGAUUCUAAAACCUGCAAAGAUGAACUUUUAAAAGCAGAUAAAAACUGCCCGUUUUGGAGGUUUUGCUUUUUUUUCUUCGUUGAGUUUUUGUGCAUUUAUUAGUUACUUCGUAAAUAAUUUAUUCCUGAUAACAAUGACUACUAAACUAAGUUUAUCGUAUUUAACGGCAAGGGACCCCAGUAUUUUAGCUUUCAAUAGAUUUAAUGUACCAAAAACACAAUUAACCUUUUCUACCAAAAUGGAUAGUACUUUUACAGUUAGUUCCACAGUUAUUGAGGAGGAACAGGAACAUGUCAAUGUAUUCCUAAAAAUUAGAAGCGAUGUUGAUUUCAAUGAUGAAAAUUACGAAGUCUCCGACAAGAACUUUAUUGUUAAAAAAAUGCAUAAUCUAUCAUUGGUAAAGAACGUGUAUUCCUUCUCGAACAUAUUUCACAAAACCCAAACCCAGGAAGAAAUAUUCAACAGCGUCGUCAAGCCGAAAAUACUGGACUUCUUAAAUGGGAAAAAUUACUCAUUGUUUACUUACGGAGCUUCGGGUUCAGGCAAAACUUACACUAUUGUCGGGAGCCCAGAAACGCCGGGAAUAAUACCGAGAUCUUUAGAUUACACUUUUCGAUCGAUCGCCAAAUUAAUUCACGAGCCUACAGUAAUGCCUUUGCCGAAUGGAACGACAAUUGUGAUAAACGAUGCCAUCAAAAAAGAAAUGGAGUCUCUCAAGAACUGUAUAAUGUCGAGUACAGCGCAAGUCAACUACAAGGAUUUAUACAAGCAAAUGCAGUGUCGCUUGAGCAGUGAAAACAUAUGCAGCGUUUCUUUUGAUAAUGGCACCAAUGUUUCUAUAUGGGUUUCAUUUGUUGAGAUUUAUAAUGAGUGUAUCUAUGAUUUGUUAUCAAAAGAAAAGGAUAAACGAUUAAAAUUGGGAUCAACGGGCAACGAUACUUACGUUAAAGAUCUCACACAGAUUAACGUUAGAUCAGCUUCGGAAGCUUUCAUGAUAUUACAAUACGGACUAAAUAAGUUAAAUUAUGCUAAAACCAAUGUUAAUAUGCAUUCUAGUAGAUCACACUGUAUAUUUACACUGAAAUUAGUGCAAACGUCUAAAAAUAAUCGCCAUGUUAUCAUAAAUAACAUCAACUUUUGCGAUUUAGCUGGAUCCGAGAGGUUGAAGAAAACAUUGAAUCGAGGAAGUAGAUUGAAGGAAUCAAAUAAUAUAAACACUUCAUUAUUGGUUUUAGGAAAAUGUGUGGAUAUUGUAAGGAACAACCAAAACAAGCAGGAGAACAAAUUAAUACCGUUCCGUGAGUCUAAGCUGACCCAAAUUUUUCAAAAAGCUCUCAUCGGGAGCGAAAAAAUGGCCAUAAUAAUUAAUAUAAAUCCUUCAAGUGAAAUGCUUUUCGAAACCCAUUGCACGUUAAAGUUCUCAGCUAUAGCUAAGAGCAUAGUUAUUCACGAGCAAAUUCCCGAAGUGAAAUUAAAGAAAAAUAGGCUAUCCAGAUCUUUAAGGGAAUCAUUAGAGGGACUCGAAAACAGUGAUAAAUUUAACCUUCAAAUUGAAGAAUCCAUGCCGUAUAGACUUCUAAAACUAAGAUUCGAUGACAUUAAGAAGAGUAAUGAAAAGCUCCAAGAAAAAUACGAUGAUCUUAGAGUAAAGUAUGAAGACUUACGGCAUAAAUUUGACAACGAGGUGAUGGAAUUGUCCGAGGUCGAUAGUUUAGUGAAAAUGGAGAAAGCUCAAGUUGCAGAGAAUUAUUCCGAUGCGCUCGAGAGUGAACAGAAAAGGCACCUGGAAACUGUAUCUAAGAUAACUGAAGAAUACGAAGACAAACUUACCCGCUACGAUAAUAUAUUUAGCACUUUUUUCAAUUCCAAUUACUCUCCUGCACGGCCAUCAGUAGUGUACCUGAGCGACAGUUCGGACGAUGAUUCAGAUUUCGUUGAAGAUUAUUCUAAAGAAGAAUUAAUUCGAAUAAUUAAAAAAAAUAAAAAGACCUGUGAGGAAUACAAGCGUAAAGCAGAAAGAAUGGAAAUGUACAGAGAACUCUAUCGUAAAAUUCACACAGAACUUCUUAAACUUGAAGAAAACUGUGAUGAUGUCUCCUUUUGUGAUUAAUGUGUUUAUUAUUAACAGUUAUUAUUGAAAUUGU